CGAAACAUAGAAAUCUGCACGUGGCAGCAAUGCUGAAUGACAUGGCGGACAGAUGUCGUCUGCUCAUUACGGACGUGUCAGCGCCACAACAGAGUUGCUCAACUUUUUCUUCUUCAAUGGCAUUGGCCGUUACACUCAAAACCAGCGACAAAUUCAGAGGCCACUCACACUAUUGUCACUCAUUCCUCGAUUAAACCUAAGCAUUUGAUUUCGAUUCUCUGUACAUAGGGUUAGGGUCUCUUCUUCGAUCAGUCUCCAAUUCAACCUAAUCGCAUCUGGGCGUUCAAAAUUUGGCAAUGGAUAUCGUUCGGAGCUGCAUCCAGCGCAUGCUGAAGAUGGUGAACUCGCUGAUAGGGCUCUCAGGGCUCCUUAUGAUCUUGUAUGGCUGCUGGAUGUUUACCACCUUGCAACCGCACGUGCCCUGCUCGGAUGUUGCCCCUAGCUUUUGGUUCAUCUACACUACUAUUGGUGUGGGCUUCUCUGUGCAUUUGAUCGCCUGCACAGGUCAUAUUGCUGCAGAGACUUGUAAUACUUGUUAUUUGUACUCUUACGUGUUUUUCAUCUACAUCUUUCACCUGCUGGAAACUUACCUGCUGGCAAAUGUAUUCUUAAACAUAAAUUGGGAAGAGGACUUACCUAAGGACACAACUGGGAACAUUGAUAAGAUCAAAGAUUUUAUUGAAGAUAACUACGAGAUAUGCAAAUGGAUUGGCCUGUUAGCAGUGACUGUCCCGGCAGUGUGCGCAUCGCUGGCACUGAUUUUGAAAGCCCUUGAACCCGGAUACCUUGAGGGCCGUCAAGAUUAUGCUCUGGAUGUAGCCCCACUCUUGGAAAAUUAUGUUGCUCAACCUUCUCAUGUUAUUGAUAUCGACCCUGCCUCUGGAUCCAAGCAAGCAUGACUCUUUAAUAUCUGGAUUAACAGCAAGGAACUGCAGAGACGUGAAAACAAAAAAAGGAUGUCCAGUUUCUAUGGCGUACUAUGUAUUAGCUUAAGUUGGUAAUGUUCAAUUAAUGCAAAUACAUUGGCGUAAUAUAUAUCUGUUUUUCAUCUUGUAUUUGUAAACCUUUGCUUGUGCUUCCAUUAUAGAGGAAGUCGCAUUUGUAUGUACUUUUCACCACGUUGUAAUCUAUUAUGAAAUUCUAAUUUCUUAUGUCCA